GUCAGAAGAGCAUGUUUGUUAAAAGUUACAAGUAGUCCAAAUGUGCGUCUCAUAUGAUUUUGGAAGAAAAAAGAAACACACUAACCAUACUGAAAAAAAUAUUGCACGGAUUGUGGCACCCUUCACAUUCUCAACAUUAACCACCUGAUACUAAUUACUGGUAAAAUACUAAUCUUAAUAUUGAAUAUGUUUACUAGUAGAAGCUACUUGGUUUGAAAUAUGUAAUGAAAAGAUGCUUACAACUUUCCAUAUCCACGGAAAUUAUGGGUUUGAUUGGAACAUGAUCUUAUGCAGUAAACGACGUUUUUGCUGUCACCUACUUUUGAACUGGUCUUUACAUAAUAUUGUACGUUGUACUUGAAUCAAUACUUCCAAAUUUCAUCGAAAUAUGUAUAUUGACAAAUAUUUAUGAGAAAUAUAUGUAAAUAUAUGUAUGCGGUGUAAUUGUUUGUACGUUGGGAUCGCAGAUAUCGCACCAAAAUCAAUUAUUUAUAACCAUACAAACGGUAAAAACACUCAUUCAUAGGAUGGUAAUCUUACAUUUUCCAAAACCACCCUAAAAUUCAAGUAGAACAUAUUGUAGAUGAAAAAGACCCUUGUAUUUUGUUAUUAACUACGAUCAAUUGAAUACGAAGACGAAGUAACAUAAUAACGCAAUGGAAUGCGUUAUACGUAUCGGCUGAAAGAAUAACAAUGGAUGAUGAACCCAAAAUGCAACCUGUUUAGUAGAUAUGUAUGCAUCUUGAAGAAAACUUGAAAUCUUGGAAACAUCAUGGAAAGGAGAAGCAAACAUGACGACCCAACUGUGGGUUCUAAAGCACAGGUGAAAGACUUGCUGACCCACAUGGACCCGAUGAUAUAUUUAGCAGGGACAGCUGACAACACUUCAGAGAUGUUAUCCUAUUUGGCUGAUAUGGAUCCCGCCUUCCACAAACUGGAACUGGUCAAGAGCUUGCGAAAGUUUAUGCGAGAGAAUCUUAGUACAAAUAUUGAGAAGUAUGUUGAUGAUUAUUUGCAAGAACAGAAAGGAAAAAUGAGAUCUGAGAAUCCAGUAGAUAGUCUUGUUGAGAGAGUAACCUCAAGUGAAGAAUUUCCAGCUAUUGUAACUAAUAUCAAGGAAAACCUCGAAACUUCAGUACAAGAUAUUACAAACCACUUUGAUGAUGAAAUAGUUACAGGGAUAUUUGCAGAGGAAGAGGAUGAACUAGCAUACAAUGUUAGUCCAAAUGGAUCCAGUGAAUCAUCUCUCAACUCUUCUCUAAACCAGUCUGGUUUGCUGUUCUUACAUCCAGCUCAGUAUCAUAACAUUGCUAAAGCUUUUCAAAUCAAAAGGGACCUGCAGGGUUGGACUGAUUCCUUGAAUAUAUUAAUUGCAGUGACACCAGGAGAACCAGUGAUGCAGGACUGUUGGCCUGAUAUCAAGAGAGGACUCAGAGAAUGUCUUUUUGAAGAUUCAGAAGAAGUUUUUGAGAAGUCACUAAAAGUCCACAGCAAAAUUCUUACAUCACAAGUGCAUAAUGCUGUCAAAGAAGCAUACUUAAACCUUAUUGAGGCUGUAGCUGGAUUUUAUUUGUCCAAAAGACUUAUUAGUAAGAUUCCGUUAAAGGAAGAGCCAGUUGAUUUGAAAGGUUGUGAAAAAGUUUUGAGGAUAAUAAAAAUAUUAGUAGAAUUUCAAAGAGAACUUCCUCUUUUAUGGAUACGUUAUCCUGAAAGAUUCAUUGAUGAUAUGGUGGAGGCAACAUUUAGUCUUUUAGCAUUAAAUCUUGGUAAUAAGGAUAGUAAACAUGCAACUGUAUUUGAUCUCUAUUCCAUCAUUGACCCACAAGCACUAUGGUUCAGAAGCUGGGUUCAUGGGCAGUGGGGAAGGAAUAAGACAUUCUCUGCUAUGAAAAGCAAUUCUGUAGUGCUGUUAUAUUCUGUGUCAUAUUGCAUCCAGCAUCUAGAAAAUGAAUUAGGAGAUCUAGAGGCAAAUACAGGCAAUAUUUUGAAUGCAAGUAUUGUACAACAUUUGAGGUUCACCUUUUUCUUGCAUUUCAUCAUGUCUGUGAUAAGUUUUUCAGAUGGUCGAAAACUCUUCCCUGUGAAUAUACCAUCAAAAGAAGAGCUGAUGACUAUUCAGACAAUAAUUCAAAUACUUGUAAAGGCUAUAGAUAUUAAAGCAUCCAAACCUGUCAUCAUGGAGAUCAGUACUCGGUUCCAGCUGUUUUGUGCUCAAGAUGAACUAAAGUGUUGGAUAUUGUGUGAUUCUGGUGUUGUUGAAUCACUUCUCCAAGAAGCUGGUAGUUUAGAGGCUCUGUUGUGUGAGAAAAGGGAGGACAUUGGACAAAUGGAAAUACCAACGUCAUUUGUCCAAGCAUUUCUUUCAAUUAUGGAAUCAAUACUAUCAACUCAGAUGGGCCAGAAAUAUUUGCUUCUUGGGAGGAAGAGAAAACCCAGUUCAAAAUCUGGACUUUCAAGUGUAACAAGCAGCCCAGCUCAUGAGAUUAUGGAUUUUAUCCUUUGCCUUUUGAAAAGUAAAAAUGUAAGCUCAAAUUUAAAGAGGCUUUGUAUUUGUGUCUGCUGCUCCUUGAUAUCAUCCCCCAUAGGAGUCCAUAUCUGUAUUGAACAUCCUCUGUUUGAAAAUCUAAUUGAGUAUCUCCAAGAAAAGAGUGAUUCCAUUUCACCUCAAAAAUUACCACGUGGAGAUGCACCAAGAGAGAAUGAACCACUACAUCUUAGUAUUCCUCAGUCUCUCCCACUGUUGACUGCUCUGCUUUUCACCUACAAGGGAGUGUAUCUGCUAGAAAGUACAGGUGUGCUAUCACUAGCAGUCACUCAGGUACUGUCAGAAAUGGCAAGGAAGGGAGAUGUUAGCACGAAGGUCCUCUCAUAUAUUUGUAGCUCUAGUAAAGGUUGUUCUCUUAUUGGGAAUCUGAAUAUUCUCCGACCUUUCUGGAAUACUCUGUGUUGUAAAGUCAACCAGGAGGAUGAAUUACCCUGGCCGGCACCCGAGGAAGACCGAGAAGAAGAUAUAAUUGGGGCGAUGGCUCCUCUUACAGUUUUCACAUCAACUUUUCAAGGUACGCAGCUUCUUUUCAGUGAGGAAGGACUCCGUGAUGUUUUGCUGAAGCCACUCUUUUCUGAUGAUGAAAUGCUGGAAGAGACCCACUCUAUUGCCUUACAUCUCCUAAGUUCUGCUACAAGUGUCUUGGAUUCUGUUGCCUUUCUUCAGGCAUCAUUUAAAUAUCAGGAAAAUUUACUUUCACAACAACAGCAUAUGCAGUCGAGUGAUGGCACUGCUGUAAUUGUGGAUGAGAACUCAAUUCUCAGAAAUCAUAUCCUUGUAAAAUCAUACAUGUUAGGUGGCAGUGGGGAGAGAUGGGUGCCCCCUAUGGUUAUUGAGGAGUUUACAUCAGUAAGCAUGCCACCUUUGUUUAUUCAGUAUCCACUUCCUAGAGAAUACACUCCUGAAAAACCAAUCAAAGCCAUGCAUAAAAAACAGAAUGAUGUAUGGAGAUUUCUCACCGACACACGCCAUGGACUGCAUGACAUCGGGUGGCUGAACCAUUGCCGUAAAGCUGUUCGCACUGUCCUCAUGUCUGGAGAAGAUAUCAAGACUUGGUUGGUAAUGGAUAUUGUAGAAAGAGCAGUUCGUUCAAUUUUGACAUCUGCUGAAGAAUUAUUGCCAGGAUCUCCAUUCGUUCCUCCAGCCUUAGGUGGCACAGUUACGACAUCAUCCUCUGGGGGCUCAUCUCCUAGUGGUCUUGGCUUGGGCCAAGACAUGUCAUCAACACUAAUUUCUCAGAUGAUUUCAGAUCCAGAUGAUAAGUUAACAACUCUUUCUGGUACACAGCUUGUUGCUGUAGAACUUAUUUUAAGGUAUGGAAGUGACCUUCAGGUAUUAACAGGCAGUGGGCUUGUGAAAGAAAAUCUCAUAAAUCUGUUGAAGUUUACGCAGUCAACCAUACUCUUGUCAACAGCAGAGAAAUGCGACUGGUUUACCAUGGUUUUGUUUCUUGUGUUUGGUGGAAAUCCUGACAGAUGCCAAUCAGUCCUCCUAAACAUGAGUGGCCUUCUUAUAGGGGGCAUCAUGUGGCCUUCCUUUGCUGACUCACUGAUGGCUUCUCAUGAACUUCUUCCUGGAGAAGUCACUCUGGCCGGGAUCAUACACAAUGUUCAGCUGGUAAUGAGCAUCGAGCUCCCAAUCCUCUUCAUGUCAAUACAGAAAAGUGCCACCUGCCUUUGGAGUGUUGUAGGCGAGUGGGUGCGGUGUAUAUUCCUCGGAGUUUUGACUUGGAAUGAAAUCUGCCACUAUCUCCUGCUGGUGUUACUCCAAGGUCCUGAUUAUGCUGUUUACUUUGUAGUAGCUCUCCUCAGGCAUAUUCAGAGUGUGAUCAACAAGCAUGCAGGUUCACCUAAGGCACUUAUUGUUUUGCAGACUGUAUCAAUAAAUGGAUGGCGUGCUGGUGAUCACCUCAAUUUCAUGGAGGUGCUGUCUCGUCGUCACAGAAGAACAGUCCUGCCAGCUCUCUUGACACCCUUUAGUAAACUACGCCAUCAGUACACCCCAAGACAGCUGUAGUAUGCAUGUGCAGUUAUAUAUAUAUUUAUGUAUAGAUAUAUAUAUUCAUAUGCUUUUCAUAGAGUAUAUAAGGUGUCGUUGGUAUUUCAGGGGUAUUGGUAACAUAAAAUGAUUUGCCCCAAUAUUUCUUAUAAAACAUAUCAACAAAAAAAUCUGUAUUUUCACUAUUUGUUGAACUGGCACCAUUAUAAUAUUAAAAACAUUAUAUAAAUCUUGGACUGUAUUAGGAAGAAAACAACAACAAAAGUAAGAGCUGUUCCUGUAAUUCACAGUGAAUUUGAACAUUUUGUCAUUGAAUUACUAUCCAAGUAAAUCUGAAGAUAUGUUUUUUUCUAGUCAUGCAGAUAAAGAAGAGUGAUAAUACAGUGAGUUGUAUGUUAAUUUAAUUUAUAGAAGAGGGUUAUUUGUGUGUUAGGCUAUCUAUUUUUUGCUGGAACAUUAAAAUGCAUUUCUGUAAUAGGAAAAGUAUAUUUUGUAUAUCUUGUGAUCGUAUUUAAAUUGCAUAAACAUAAAUCAGAUCUGCCACAGAAGUUUUUAACCUUUUUAGAGUCAUCGACCCCUUUAAGAAUCCAAUGAAAGCUGUGGACCCCCUUCCCUGGAAAUAUUCACACAAACACUACUUUGCAUGCAGUUUGUAUAAUGUAGCUACUUUAUUAAUUGAGAUUUGAUUGUCGCAUGCAUACAGGAGAUACACAAAGCAUUGAUAAACUUUAAAGUAAACAAUCUAAAUAAAUAUGCUGAUACAAAUGUUAAUUUUUAUCUGAUUCUCACAGACCCUCUGGAAACAGGCCAUGACCCCAGGUUAAGAACCCCCUGUGCUAGAUGGUAUUUGCUCUUGAAAAGUGUUUGUUAUUUUCUGUGAUAAAAGUACAUCCGUCCAUAUAAAAUGUAGUUCUUUCAAAGAAGUGCCCAUACACAUUUAAUGAAUUACAGGUUAGUGAUACUUGUCUUUUAACUAAUUCUAGUCAUGUUAUUACAGUCAUCUAUUUCUUAUACUCUGAGAAAAAAUGUAAUUUUGUCCAAUUGUAGAAGCACAUAUUGCUGAUGAAUAUAAAGACAAAGAAAGCUUA